CAGCUAGAUGGGCAUAGGAUGGGAGGCGCACACAUUCACCCCCCACAGUCUGCGUCCACAAGCAAUCCAAGCAGCUUAUAGACAAAUUAUGGAUCCAAGCCUGCUAAAGGAACGAGAGCUAUUCAAAAAACGAGCGCUUUCCACUCCUGCUGUAGAAAAGCGUACUGCACCCUCGUCUGAGUCAACAUCUUCCAAAAAGAAAAGAGCAAAACUAGAGCAGGGUGGAUCAUCAGGCUCAAAACAAAACACAGACCACAGCAAUGGGUCAAUUAACUUGAAAGCCCUUUCAGGAGGCUCUGGCUACAAGUUUGGAGUCCUUGCUAAGAUAGUGAAUUAUAUGAAGACGCGGCACCAGCGUGGUGAUACACAUCCAUUAACUCUAGAAGAAAUUUUGGAUGAAACGCAACACUUAGAUAUUGGACUCAGGCAGAAACAAUGGUUAAUGAGUGAGGCUCUAAUCAGCAAUCCCAAAAUAGAAGUUAUAGAUGGGAAAUAUGCUUUCAAACCUAAGUACAAUUUGAAAGAUAAAAAGGCUCUGCUCAGGCUCUUGGACAAGCAUGACCAGCGGGGACUGGGAGGAAUCCUUCUGGAAGACAUUGAGGAAGGACUGCCCAAUGCACAGAAAGCCAUAAAGGCUUUAGGGGACCAGAUCACCUUUAUUAUUCGUCCUGAUAAGAAAAAAAUCCUUUUCUACAACGACAAGAGCUGUCAGUUUACAGUAGAUGAAGAAUUUCAGAAGCUGUGGAGGAGCAUUCCUGUGGAUUCUAUGGAUGAGGAGAAAAUAGAAGAGUAUCUGAAACGACAGGGUAUUUCUUCCAUGCAGGAAGCUGGACCAAAGAAAAUAGCUCCUAUUCAGAGGAGGAAGAAACCUGCUUCUCAGAAGAAACGACGGUUUAAGACUCACAAUGACCAUUUGGCUGGAGUACUGAAGGAUUACUCAGAUGUUGUUCCUGGCAAGCAGUGAAGUUUGGUUCUGGAACAAACAUGCUUUUUUAUACAAGCUCUUCGUUGCUGGAGUUCAAUGUUUGCUUGAAGACUGACUGUAUAUACUAAUGUGGUAUGUCCCCCAUCCCUGCAACCGUCAAGCUGAAACAGUUCUGUUUAAGAGCAAGUACAAAUUACCAAAUGUAGAGUUUUAUUUUAAUUUAAUUAGCUAACGAGAACUGUGACUUUGUAAGAGGUCUGGAAGGACAGCCUCUUGCCGCUAGGGGGUAAAAGAUGCGGAGCAUGUUAACCUAGAGCUCCUGGUAAAUGCUUCACUGUGCUUCUCAAUGAUUUAAAGGGGAUUUUUCUCGUAUUGCUUUUGAGUUUGCAGGUUUGCAGGUAGAGGUGAAUACAGUAUUCAUUUUAUUUGUUCCAAGAGAACAUACAUCAUUGCAGGAGCAUUUGUUUAAAGAGGCAAGCGCGUUCACAGUGUGUAUAUUUCUUCUUUGCUUUGCCAUUGUGCUUAAAUGAUGUGGUCUGAGGCUUUGGCAUGGAAAUACACCACCAGAAUUCCCACCAGGCUACAUGCUGGAAAUGGGGCUGCAGCCUCACAAUGCUAACCAGAAAUUGCCCUCAGGAUACUGCUGAUGACAUUGUGUUGGAGGCACAUGCAUUGCAGAAUUCUGUGUUGUGGGUUAAAAGGGUCAGACAAGAAAUACAAUGACAAUGUAUUACUAAAAGGGACAGGUGUUUUUUAAAAAUAAAGCCUAUAAAGCUGGCGUCAGUACAUUUCUUCUGCAGAGACAAGUCGAGUUAAGGGAUAACCAACAUCUGUUGUGACGUCACAUUUUCCUUCACAAGCUGAAGGAUAGGAGUUUUUUGAAUUAAAAAAUCUGAAGUAUUGGUUCAGUUUUCAUUGUUCUGGGCUAAUGCCUUUUAUUCUUCUUCUUGGAUAAAAAUAACAGUCUAAAUGUAAAUAUGCACAAAAUUCUAUAGGUAUGUGUUUACUCCUGUGAAACUUACCAGUGGGAUACAGACAGUUUGGCUAACUUAUAAUGAAUGGGAGGGCCAUUAACACUAGUCUGUGUUUUUUUAUGGAAUCACAAGUGAGCAGCAGAUGCCUUGCACCUUAGGGGGUAGCAGUCACUCUUCUGAAAGUUAAACAGUAAGGAUGACAGACAUGGUGGACUAACUGAAAUCAAAACAGUUUAAAUCACUGAUCUAAAUCAGCAAGCAGUAAACCUUCAUUUAACUCAUCAGUUUUAAUUGUGUUUUGCAUUUAUAGUUUUUUAGUUAUUUUCCUAAAGAGAGGUUGAUUCUUGUUGGUUGGUAACCGGUAAAUCAUAUUAUUUGUAACUAAACAUAGCCUUUACAUAAAUGUGGUGCUGCUUCUUGCUAACCCAGAAGUUACUAUACACAUUUAUUAAAGUAAUUAUAUAGCUUAACUUACAUUUAUUCAGAUUCUCAAUUUUUACAUUUUUGAUGCUUAGAAAAAGGUGAGUGAUACAUUCCUUAUUUACUAGAUGAUUAUUAAUUAUUUACUUGUGAUUUGUGUCACAUUCUAUUUGGAUGGAAAUUCAGAUUAAAUAAAAUGCACAAAAGAGCAUUUUACAAAUUUUUAAUUAAAUAAAACUACUUUAAAAGUGCUGGAUACAUGGAAAAAAGGUUAUCAAAACAUGUUUUUUGUUUAAAACUAGCUGAUUUAUUAAACAAAGGGAGUAUUAUCUGUA